AUGCUGCUCGGCACGCGCAGGGCGCCGGGCGUCGCGCCUUGCCCCGAUGCCGGGCCCGACGUCGCGUGCUCGAGCAGCCGCGACGGCGCCGCGGGAUCGCGCCAGCGGGCGGCGCCGCGGCUGCCCGCCUUGCGGGAUCCGCGGAGGAGGCGCAGGAGGGCGGACGCGACCAUCCCAUUGGAACACUGGAGUGCGAUGGCUGAAGCGCAAGUGGAAGCUUCUGCAGGGACAACGGGCGAGUACAAGGGCAAAACAGCAGUGGUAGUGGGCGCGGGGCCCUCUGGUGCCUGUGCCGCAAGCUACCUGGCUCGUAGGGGCUUUCGAGUAAAGGUGUUCGAGCGCAGGGGUGACCCUGAGGUGGUGCCCAUCACAAGCCACCGGUCGAUCAUCAUCACCCUGCGUCAGGAGACCAUAGCUGCGAUGGAGGCCCUAGGAGUGGAGUUCCCGCCAGAAGAGGAUGAAGCUGGCUUCAGUGGCCUCACGCGCUUCCGGGGGGUGGCCUGGUGUGGCGAGGGGGGCAUCAAGAAGGACGCCCCCUUGCAGGGCCGGCGGUCUAUCCUGGCAGAGAGGUUUGCCAUCGCACGGGCAGUGCUGAGAGCCGUGCGGCAGGAGCACCCCAUGGCUGUACAGUGCUUCUUUGACCACCAGUGUCAGGACAUCGACUUUGACAACAGAGUUGCUGAGUUCAAGCAGCUGGAUGGCAGCAUUCGGAAGGAGAAGUUUGACUUGUUGGUUGGAGCGGAUGGGGCACAGUCUGCUACCCGCCAAGCCCUCGCCAGAUACGACUCGAAUUUCAAGUUCAACAUUGUGGACGUCACGAGGGCCUACCUGUCGAUAAGGGGCCUGCCACCACCAGAGAACGAAGAAGUCAGUGAGAUUGUGGAGCCAGGCAAGAUGGCAUUCAUGAACCUGAAAAAACAACGGCGCAAUGGCAAGAAGACGCCGCCACGGAUCACUGUGUAUGGUGCGGAGGAUGGGACCGUGAAUGGGAUAAUGACCUACUACGUGGGGGAUCUGGUUUCCAUCAGGGGGAGGGAAGAGGAGUGGCUGGAGGAGGUGGCAUCAAAAUACUUCCCCAAGUCCUGGAUCAAACCCAUCGCUGAGCAGCUCAAGACGGCCCCAGAGUCCAUUGCAGGGCCAGUCACCCGUUGCACUGCAUUUGUGGGCCCUGCCAUGGUGCUCCUUGGCGAUGCUGCCCACUCCGUGACGCCCGCGAUGGGCAUCGGCUGCAACAUGGCGGUGGAAGACGCUGUACUGCUGGACAAGGCCCUGGGGACCGCGGCAGGUGACGUGGGGGCUGCUGUGCGGGGCUUCAACGCCAUGCGCUACCAGCCAGUUCAGGACGCGCAAGACUUGCAGGAGACAAUACCGGGCGCCGGCAUACAGAAGCCAGGCGUGGCGGUGCCUCUAGUCCGGGCGGCCGCCGGCUUGCACCUCCUGUCCUACAUGGCGGGCAGUAAGGUGCUCCCCAAGAUAAUCCCGACGCCCGUGUACAUGAGGUCGGGGCGGCCGCAGUGCUUGCGGCGCUCGCUGCAGCGGCCAUAUUCUUCAUCGCAAGGCUGUUCCUGCGGCGCAUGCUGGCCGCAUAGCGAGGCUACAUGGGUCGAGAUGCUGAUCACGUGGCGCGAACGAAGGGCAGGGAGUUAUGGGCACCCCCCUGGGUGA